AUGUCACGAUUUUACAUUUUAUUAUUGAUUUUGAAUCUGAUUGGAGCAUGUGCGGGGAUUCAAAAAAUCGAGUGCUCCAACUACUCGGCCCCGGUUACUGUAAUCCCGCCAAUUGACGGUCCCACACAGUUGUUAUUGGAUUUUCGAUUGCUGUCGGAUGAGCAGUUAUGCAAUAGCCGUCGAAAGGUACCGAAAUUCAAAAAGAUGCAUAUUGAGCCGUCGAGCUAUAUUACUGCUUGUGAUGAGUGUCCGCAAUGCUACUUCACCUUCCCCAUGCAAUUCGAGCUUCCCAUCUCCUGGACCAUCAAGAGUCUCUUCGUCAUUUCCAAAUCCCAACCUCACCACCAAUCGGCUACGGACGUCCCUAUCCACUAUGUGAUUGUUGAGAAGAUGCCAAGCGGGUUCCGUGUUGCGUGGCAUCGAUUUCAGCAGUCUACACAGGUCACUGAUUUGUUGGUUGAUUUGAGACCGGAUGUAGACUUCGUUGUCGAACAUCGCGUUCGUGAUAUCCUCGAUUUUGCAAUUGUCGAGCUCGAAUGGAGCGGCGAGAACCGUCUCGAUACCAAUCGACGAGUGUUUCGGGAACAUUUGGGUGUUUCCUCCGAAGAUACGACGGCGAAUCACAAUGUAGAUGCGGAGAGCGUCGGCGAGAUCAAUUCCAACACUCAUCGAGCUAGCCAUGAUACCACCACAACUUGUUCCAGCAAUCCAGUGGACUCGGUUACGCAGCGGCUCUCCGAUCUCUCGUUCGAUCGCCAUGAGGAUCUGGAAGUAUAUGACGGACCGAUUUGA